AUGGGGCACGCUUCUGGAGAAAUCAAAAUGGCUUCUUACCAUGUGAUGGCCAUGUUUGCCUUGCUGAGUUCCUGUGUAGCCACUGCCGAUCCAGAGCCCGGGACCCAGUGUGAAGUGUCGCCUGUCAACGCCUCCCAUCCUGUCCAGGCGUUAAUGGAGAGCUUCACUGUCUUGUCGGGGUGUGCCAGCAGAGGCACGACGGGGCUGCCACAGGAGGUGCACGUCCUGAACCUCCGCGCUGCUGACCCAGGGCCUGACCAGCCUCAGAGAGAGGUCACUCUGCACCUAAAUCCCAUCUCCUCGGUCCACAUUCACCACAAGCCUAUCGUGUUUGUGCUCAACUCCCCACAGCCCCUGGUCUGGCAUCUGAAGACAGAGAGGCUGGCAGUUGGGGUCUCCAGACUUUUCUUGGUGUCUCAGGGUUCCAUGGUCCAGUUUUCAUCAGGAAACUUCUCCUUGUCAGCAAAAACAGAAGAAAAGAGAUUCCCUUAUAGAAACGACCGUCUGCUAAGUUGGGCUCGAAAGGAGUACGGAGCAGUCACUUCAUUCACUGAACUCAAGAUAGCAAGAAACAUUUACGUUAAAGUGGGGGAAGAUCAAGUGUUCCCUCCCAUGUGCAACAUAGGGAAGAAUUUUCUCUCGCUCAAUUACCUUGCUGAGUACCUUCAGCCCAAAGCAGCGGAGGGUUGUGUGAUAUCCAGCCAGCCCCAGGAUAAGGAAGUACACAUCAUUGAGUUAAUUACCCCCAGCUCUAACCCCUACAGUGCUUUCCAGGUGGAUAUAAUAAUUGACAUAAGACCUUCUCGAAAGGAUCUUGAGGUGGUCAAAAAUCUCAUCCUGAUCUUGAAGUGCAAAAAGUCUGUCAACUGGGUGAUCAAAUCUUUUGAUGUUAAGGGAAACCUGAGAGUUGUUGCUCCUAACAGUAUUGGCUUUGGGAAAGAGAGUGAAAGAUCCAUGAUAACAACCAAAUCAGUAAGAGAUGACAUUCCUUCAACCCAAGAGAAUCUGUUCAAGUGGGCUUCGGACAAUGGCUAUAGUCCAGUAACAUCAUAUACAGUGGCUCCUGUGGCUAAUAGAUUCCAUCUUCGGCUUGAAAACAGUGAGGAAAUGAGAGAUGAGGAAGUCCAUACCAUCCCUCCUGAGCUACGGAUCCUGCUGGACCCUGGCAGUCUGCCUGCCCUGGAGAACCCACCCAUCCGGGGAGGGGGAGGCCGAAAUGGAGGUUUCCCCUUUCCUAUCCCUGAUAUCUCCAGGAGAGGCCAGAUGGAAAGGGGAGAAGAUGGGAUCCCCCAGCCGAGGGACCCUAUCGUCCCCAGCUUGCGGCUGUUUCCUGGUCCCGAAGAGCCCAAGGAGGUGCAAGAGAAUGUGGAUAUUUCCCUGUCAGUCAAAUGUGACAGUGAAAAGAUGGUCGUAUCUGUACAAAAAGAGUCUUUUCAGGCCAACAACUACUCGGGGAUGGAGCUCACUCUGUUGGAUCCUACCUGCAAGGCCAAGAUGAAUGGCACCCACUUCAUUUUGGAGUCUCCCUUGAGUGGCUGUGGUACUUGGCACCGGCGGUCAGCCCCGGAUGGAGUGAUUUAUUAUAACUCUAUUGUGAUGCAGGUUCCAUCACCUGGGGAUAGUAGUGGCUGGCUAGAUGGUUAUGAAGAUCUGGAGUCAGGUGAUCAUGGAUUUCCGGGGGAUAUGGAUGAAGGAGACACUUCCUUCUUCAGCCGGCCUGAAAUUGUGGUGUUUAACUGCAGCCUGCGGCGAGUGAGGAAUCACAGCGGCUUCCAGGACCCACUCCACAGGAAUGUCACUUUCAACAUGGAGCUCUAUAACACUGACCUCUUUCUCGUGCCCUCUCAGGGGGUCUUCUCUGUGGCAGAGAACGGACACAUUUAUGUUGAGGUGUCUGUUACUAAGGCUGACCAAGAAUUGGGCUUUGCCAUCCAAACGUGCUUUAUCUCUCCAUAUUCAAACCCGGAUAGGAUGUCUGAUUACACUAUCAUUGAAAACAUUUGUCCUAAAGAUGAAUCUGUGAAAUUCUACAAUCCAAAGAGGGUGCACUUUCCUAUUCCCCAAGCUGAGAUGGAUAAGAAGCGAUUCAGCUUUGUGUUUAAGUCCAUUUUCAACACCUCACUGCUCUUUCUACAGUGUGAGCUCACGCUGUGUACCAAGAAGGAAAAGGACCCCCAGAAGUUACCUAAGUGUGUGCCUCCAGAUGAAGCCUGCACCUCGCUGGACGCCUCAAUGAUCUGGGCCAUGAUGCAGACUAAGAAGACCUUCACCAAGCCCCUUGCUGUGAUCCACCAGCAAGAAGAAGUUAAAGAAACCAGUCUAAGCAUUAAGGAACCGAAUCCAGUUCCUCCACAGAUCUUCCAUGGUCUGGACACCCUCACCGUGAUGGGCAUCGCAUUUGCAGCAUUUGUGAUCGGAGCACUCCUGACAGGGGCCUUGUGGUACAUCUAUUCUCACACAGGGCAGACGGCAGGAAGGCAGCAAGUGCCCACCUCCCCGCCGGCCUCGGAGAACAGCAGCGCGGCGCACAGCAUCGGCAGCACGCAGAGCACGCCCUGCUCCAGCAGCAGCGCAGCCUAG